GUUGUAGUCCCGCUCUGCGCCUCCCUGGUUGCCAUGGAGACGGCGCGGAGCUGAGGGGAACAUGGCGAGGAGACCGCGGGGGGAGCGCGCAGGAGGAUGGGGCGGGGGGCACAGGGACACGGGGAGUACUGCAAUCAAGAUGGCUACAGCAGGACUCUACAAAAUGGCUGGUGGGAGCAAUUAUGCAGCUAACUGCUUUCCUGCCAGGAACAUUUUGUGCAACAGGAGAGAGGCUGGGAGCUGCCUGCUGGCACCCAUAGCCACCCCACAGCCCUGGGCUGAGCAAGGAACCACCAAGGAGACACCAGAGGAGAGGAGGAAGCUGAUUAGUGCUGUCUCUGCACAAGGAAACGAUGAAGACCAUAUCCUGGAUGAGCCAUUUCUGAUGAAGCACCACUGUUUGAAGAACCCAUCUGACCUGUGCUCUGUGAACAUAAGCGGCCAAAAUCUGGUCUCUGCUAAAGAAGAUGAUUUUGAGAAAUUUGAUUGUGUUGCUUUUAUAAACGCUGCUGAGAACCUGCUGACUUUAGAGCCAUUUCGGAAGUUUCCAGGGCUGCGGGAACUGGAACUUUCCCUGAAUGGACUGAGAAACCUGAAAAUCACUCCUGGAGAGUUCAAGCAUUUAGAAGAUCUGGAUCUCUCCUACAAUAACUUAUCCCCUGAAGACAUUUGGAUGUUGGGAGAUCUGUCCCAGCUCAAGAUCCUUCGCUUGACAGCCAAUGGGCUUCGGUCUCUGCCUCCAAACCUGGCGGGCUCCUGGGACUCUGCUCAUUUGAGAUUUCAGUCUCUAGAGGUCUUGUUGCUGGAUGACAACCGUCUGUCAGACCCGGGUGUCUUUGUGAGCCUGUCUCAUCUCCGCAGCCUGAGGGAACUGAAUCUGGACAGAAACAGGAUUUCAGCAGUCCCCUACUUGCACCAAGCAGAGAGCAUGCCGUUCUCCAUCCACCCUACGCUGAAUGAUGGCAGCUUCAGGGCAGAGUGGUACCAGUACCUGAGCAGCCUCUGGCAGCAGCCCCGGCCGUCGCAGCAUGAGGGUAUGGAGGUGCCAGCAGAGCUGGAAAGGAAGAAAGGUCAGCUUGAAGACAUCGUGUUACAGAACAACGGGGCUCCAGACAGGACUGAGAUCAUGUUUAAUCCUGACUCUCAGGAAUGCCCGAUGCAGGGUGUUCCCUGGGAGGGAGACCCAUCUGCCUUGAAGACUCUGCCUGCUCUUUCCACGUGCAGAGACAUUUGUGCUCUCUUUCCUGUACUGGAACAUCUCAGCCUGGCCUUCAACAAGAUUAUGGAUGAGACAGCCCUCUUACCUGUGGCUUUCUUCCCACGUCUGAAGCAGCUGACAUUUCACAACAACCCUCUUACCACCACCCGCAGUGGACACCCACCUCUGCUGACCCGGCUCCUCCAGCAGAAGCUGGGGAUUCAACUUGUUCACCACAAGACCCCAGCUGUGAGGAGGUGGCACUUCUCCAUCCCUCUCAAAGCCAGCCGCAAGGUCUCAUCUCAUCUCCCCAAAGUCGAGAAGCAGCCACUGAUGCUGGAAGCUCCUGCUGAAGCCUUCAUGUGGAAACCACUCCCAGCCAUGGCAAAGGCUGCAAGAGCUGCACCUCUGAUCUCAUCCCAGUCACUGCCUCCCAUCAGCUCCACGCCAGCAGUGGAGCAUGGGGAACGUGAUCCCAGGACUCCCAGCACAGUCCAGGAGGACGUUGAAGUCUUCUUCAUGACACAGGUGGAGGAUGACUCCAAGCCUUUGCUGCAACCCAUGGCAGAGGACAGACUGGAAAAGAGGAGCAAGCAGAGGGAGGAAGGCAGCUCCUGGGCUGUUCCAGAGUGGUACAAGGGCUAUGAGGAGCUGCUCGGUGGAGACACUGACCCAGAUUUUAUUGAGCCAGUUGGAAUACAGAAGAAUGUGCAGGCUCUCUACUAUGUCCUGAAGCACCCCCUGGUGUACCGGGAUGCCAAGCCACGACUGGACAGCAUGCAGAAGCCCUAUGUGCCUCAGAAAAAGCGCUGCAGGAUGCCUGACCCUCCUGCUAGAAAGACGAAAGCAGAAGUCCUGGAAAGAAUCCUGGUGGCCAUGAGAAACAGCUCAACUGUCACCAGUGUCCCCUUGGCAUCUGCUUUGCAGAAGAGGAAAUCUAACCCCAAGACAUACCAGGAGGCACUGAGGCUGAUGGAGGAGCUCCAGGAGGUGUUUGAGGCCAGCAAGGAGCUGGCCCCGGGCAUGACCAGGCUUUGGGAUGAGGUACCAGUGGUCAAAGCUCUUCUUGCAGCUUCCAAGCAGAGAUCAAAACAGCUGCUGCUGCCACAGAAGAAAGCAUCCAAGAAGGUGCCCAAAGUGACAUCCACAGCAGGGGUUGGAUAAAGCAGCUCAUACCUUUGUCCUCUAAGAUAAAAAAGUAUGUUAUUAUUUGUGACUUGUUUGGAGCCAUUUUUCCUCUCCUGAGGUUGGAAAACCAAGUGCAGUGAAGAGAUUCACCUGAGGCUUUCAGCCAACAAAUUCCAGCUUGAAAGCACAAAAACAUCUGAAAUGCUUCAGUGGUAGCACAUGAGAGUGGUGUGUUUGCUCACUGUCAUGCUCUGCAAUUACUGUAAACAAGGUAUGUGCUCUCUCCUCCUGCACAAAACAGUCCCUGGGCGUUGCAGGGUGCUUCUGGCAGCAGUGCACAGUGGGGGACAGCACAGCCCCAUCCACAUCCACCUGCUCUCAGCAAGGCCACAGUGUUCCUGUCCUCACCCUAGGGCUCUGCCUGCUGGACCUGAACUCUCUCAGGGAGUUGAGCUGAGCACAAAACAGGCAUUAAUAACCCAAACCCACCUACUGAAAACAGUAGUGUGACCAAGUGUAAUCCAAGGAGAUGGGGAACGAGAGGAGCACUGGAGGAAAAGCACUCCCCACCACCUGCUCACACCCAUAUGAAGAAUGUCAUUACACUCACCUUUGCUAUUAUCAUUAUUUGCAAAAUAUUAAUCAACAACUGCACUUGGUCACAGGCACCCAGAAUCUGCACGGAAGAGGCAGCAGUGGAAUUACUAGGCUUCCCCACGCAGCAAUUUCAGCACAGCCAGGCAGCUCACUGUCAGAACCUGGUUUUAUUCUGCUUUAACCUCAGCCUUUGUCCUGCAGUUAAAGUCCUCGAUGCUGUUAAAAGGUAUACAGGAUUUGUACACGGUUGGCAUAUCAUGUUUUGUGACAAUUUUUCACAAGCAGGAUUUACUCUGUUCCAAACGACAGAAGCCACAACAUGACGGACUCUGCAUGUCAUUUACCCACACAUUUACACAUGCAAGUCAACAGUCUCUGAGCAACUUCCAUCGCUUUUAAAACAUUCAGAUGAAGCCACAGUGGUUCAGCUGGGAUCCAAAAUGACCGUAGUCUCUCACCGCACCGGUGCUCCGAUGGCAGCGGAGGAGAACACUAAAGCACAACGAUUUAAAGCGUAUUGGAAAAAGUGUAGCAACAUCGAUAUUUGUUUCAAACAGUUUGACAGUAAACACCAAGAAAACCAGGCAUACAUGAAACCUUUUGUCAUCAGUUGAAGAUUUUCCUGUUUGCAUAGUGAGUAGCUAGCUCUAGGGCUGUUCUGAUGUGUUGCCGUGCUUUGAAGAUACAGGGAAGAUAAAAGUUUGCAUCAGAAAUGCACUGCGCAUGGAGAUGGCUCCAGUGCUGAGUUGGUGCACUGAGCAGUACUCCAGGAAAUGCCCCGCAGCUCUCUGUCAUGGUGACAUCCCAACAGUCAUGGUGACAUCCCACACCACCACAGUGACAUCCCAGACUGUCAUGGUGAUAUCCCAAACAGUCAGUGACAUCCUACACUGUCACAUCCCAACAGUCAUGGUGAUAUCCGACAUCAUCAUGGUUACAUCCCAGACCAUCGUGGUGACACAGAAACAAUCCUUGGUGGGCCCUGGUUUUCCUGUGGGAUCGUUUCCUGUGGGAUCCCUGUUAGGGAUGCUGGGGGAUGGGUUCUUUUAUGUCAGGAGAUGGUGAGGAGCUGGGAGCCCUGUGGGGCCGCUGCCCCCGGAGCAGCGCUGAAGGCUUCAGUUUAACGUCGGCGAUAGUCUUUAAGGCUUCUACCUCCUCCUUGCUGUCAUUGAUACAAUACAAAGAAGCACUUGUUCAAGCUAUACUUCGUGACUACUGUGCACUGCAUGUACAAUAGCAUUGGAAGAAAAAUACUGACAAUAUAGAACAACAUCAUACAGUCAUCUUGCAUCAUCCUUUCUUUUGGCACUUUUCCUUCGUUUCUCUCUUCUCACCGACUCCGAGCACGAACCGUUCUGUACAUCUGAUCCCAUGCAGAGGGCUCCAAAGUGUCUGAGCUGCUUUGCAGAGUCAGGCAGCAUCUUUGGCAGAUUUGCUCACUGGGUGAUGGCACCCCACUCCUAGGGAUGUGCAGGAUGGUGGGACACGGUGGGGGGACAACCAGGAGCCAGUGCUGGCCUGUGGGCUUCCCCCAGUCCCCAAGAGGAGGUGACUGCAGGAAGGAUGAGGGCCAGCAGCUGCUUUCCAGGAGAUGCAGACCAAUGGUUGGUUCCAUCUCAGGGCCUCUCCAGAUCCUGUGCUGCACCCAGUGCUCAGCAAGAGGUAUUCCGCUUCUCCGAUGGCAUUGCUUGUGGCCACCACCUGCCAUUACAGCAGGGGAGGCCGGGGAUUUCUGCUCUUAUCAGUGAAAUGAUAUACCACUCCUUUUUGUGCAAGCUACAGACAACAUUUGGAGGUCUCCUUCCAUCCCAGCGCAGGUGGGGACGGGUUUUAAGGGAGCCAGCUGCUGCCGAAGCCAUGUGUUUAACACAUAAAUAUUUAUGUAACUCGUCUUUAAAAAAAAAAAAAAAAA